GUUGUGAGCAAAUUGAUGCGUUUAAAACGGUAGUAAGAGAUAGGGAAUUUUUAUUCAGAGUUUUUGUGGGAGCUUUAGAAAAAAAGUUUAAAAAUGAAGCAUAUGAAUCAGGGCACAAAACUUAUU